AUGCUUCCCAGUCGGCUCUCUCGCCCAGCUCUGGCAGCAGCUGCUGCGGCGCGCUCCGGCGCCCGGGCCAUGAGCACAACGACUGUGAUGAGGUCCAAGACUCCCAGCAUGGGCGACAUUGACCCGGCCAAGUCCUCCGUCGAGGCAUUCAAUGAGAAGCAGAAGAGGUUCCGAGAGAAUUUGGCCCAGGCACAGAAAGAACAAGGAGCUCGUGCGUUUGAUGCCCAUAAACAUCCCCAAGAGUCUGCCUCGUCCGCAGACAGCUCACCUGAGACCUCUGCAGGAGCCUUCGCCGCCGCUACCAAGCCCACGUCCGACAAGAAGACGGGACCGCUGUCCAACCUCAUCUACGGCACGAAGGAGGGUCGCGAGAUGGAGGCGCAGCUCGAGGCUAGCUUCAGUCAGGUUCUAGCUCGUGGAAAAUACGUCCACUCGAUAGUUUUCCACCGUGUCAAGCCCGACAAGGUUGACGAGUACGUCGAUCUUGUCGGCAACUGGUAUCCUACCAUUGCCAACAGACCCGAGAAUAAGGUUCAUCUCGUAGGGAGCUGGAGGACGGAGAUUGGAGACUGUGACACAUUCAUUCACAUUUGGGAGUAUCAGAAGUAUGAGGGUUACCAUCAGUCUCGCCACUCCAUUUGCAACCACCCCGAAUUCGCAGAGAACAACAGAAAGCUUCACAAGCUCAUCGACUCCAAGAAGAUUGACCUCAUGCAAGAAUUCUCCUUUUGGCCGACAACUCCUCCCAGACAACUUGGUGGUGUCUUUGAGCUUCGAUCCUACACGCUGCAUCCCGGCAACCUGCUUGAGUGGGAGACUCACUGGAGACGCGGCCUCAAGGCUCGCCGUGAGGUCAUGGAGGGUGUCGGUGCCUGGUUUGUUCAGAUUGGUGAUCUCAACACUGUCCAUCACCUCUGGCAGUUUGCCAACUUGGAGGAGCGCCGCGCCCGCCGAGAGAAGAGCUGGUCCGUUGAGGGCUGGAGCGACACUGUGCACAAGACUGUGCCGCUGAUCCAGAACAUGCAGUCUCGCAUUUUGAUUCCCAUGCCGUGGUCUCCCGUGGCCUGA